AUGUUUUUCGCCUUUGGUAAUAAUUGUGUAGCUGUAAAGAUUAACAAACAUCAAGAAAUAGAAAAUGUUGUAUUUGGAGGACUAUCUGGAGAUGAUUGAGCAUCUGCCGCAGGAGUUGCGCGACCGUUUCACAGAAAUGCGAGAACUUGACUUGGCUGUGCAAAACAACAUGGACUCGCUGGACAAGAAGUCGCGCAUUUUCUUUCAGCAGUGCAAGCGAGGUGAAUUGCAACACGAUUCGAUGGACAGCCUGCGCGGCGAUUACUUUAAGGUGAUGGAGGAUGCCGAUGAGAAGGUGGCAAUUGCCACACAUAUCCACGAGCUGGUCGAGCGCUUUCUGCGACGGCUGGACAGCGAGCUGUUCAAAUUCAAAUGCGAACUGGAGGCGGACAACAAUGGUAUCACCGAGAUUCUAGAGAAACGCUCGCUGGAACUGGAUGGCAACAAUUCGACGGCUGCAACGGCUCUGCUGCUAAGCAUGAAUCAGAAGGAGAAUCGAUUCUAUAAUCAAGCGAGCAGUGCGGUGAAUAGCAAUCUAAUCGCUGGUAGCAUCAACAGCGCCGCCGGCAUCAUCAGCACCACAGGCACUGUGGGUGGCAGUGGCACUGGCGGUGGCAGUAGCAGUGGCAGUCUGGUCAUCAGCAGCGCCAUUAUAAGCAGCAUGAACUGCAACAUUGGCAGCAGCAGUGCAGGCGUCAGCAGCAGCACAGCAGUCAGCAGCAGUGGCCAUCAUCGACAUCGCAAGCUGGAGAAGCGUCGCGAAACGAUUUGCACCGUGCCCAUGCCAGAGAAGCGAUCCAAUCUGAAUCAAUCGUUGCCAGUGGCGAGUGGCGGUCACAGUGGACAUCACACUGCUGGUGCUCAUCACAGUGGUGGUGGUCAUCACACUGGCAGCCACAGCGGCGCCAGCCUUGUCAUUCCGGUCGUUGGCAAUCAUGUGAACACAAUUACCACCCACGUCGCCCUGCCCAUGGUGGCUGGCAGUGGUGCCACAGGGAAUGUGGUUAAUGCCGCUGUUGCCGGCAAUCUUGUGCGUCAGCUGCCCACAAAUCUUGGCGCGCACAGCGUAAUCGGCGGCAACAACAGCAGCAGCAGCACCAGCAACAACAACUCUACAAAUGUUGCCGCAGCCGUGGCAGCUGUUGCAGCAGCAGCUGCUGCUGGUGUCGCCGCCACCAAUAACGUGGCAGUGGGUGGUGGUGCAGCUGUUGCCGGUGCAGGUGUGGGUGCCGGCGUUCAAGGUGUGCCCGGCGGCCAUGUCGGCCAUGGCAAUGCGACGACGGUUAGCUACAAUCUGCAUCAGCUGGGCGGCGGUGCAUCUGCAUCGAGUGCCAUUGCAGCAGCGGCGAGUCAAGCGAUCGUUGCCACACAACAGAUGCCGCAGGGACGACGCACGGCCAGCCUGAAGGCCAGCUUUGAGGCGAUACAUCAUGUCGCUGGCGUCGCUGGCAGCAACGAGUUCUGGUCGGCAGCAGCAGCGGCCCAGCAUAGCAGCUUGCAGCCAGCGACUGGAACGCUGGUCAGCGGCCAACAUCAACAUACCCAUCACCAUCAGCAGCAGCAACAGUCGCAACAGCAGCAGCAACAACAACAGCCACAACAACAGCAACAUCAACAUCAUCAGCAGCAGCAGCAACAACAACAACAACAUCAGCAUCACCAUCAUCAGCAGCAGCAGCAACAACAGCAACAACAACAGCAGCAGCAACAGCAACAACAACAUCAUCAUCAUCAUCAUCAUCAGCACCAUCAUCAGGAGAAGAAGCACAAGAAAAAGUUAAAUGCCAACAUCUCGAUGCCUGGUGGCAUCGCUGUCAAAUUCUGGGAUGGGUCGUCGGGCAACUCGAUUGCAUCGUCCACAUCAUCGAUGAGCGUGGACUCUGUGGACAUGCUGUCGAGUGGCACAUCUGCUGCAGCUGUCAUACCACAUGCCAGCCAACUGCAUCAUCCCGCCACCCAUGGCGCCCUCUCCCUUAAUCCCGUCGCUGUCAAUCAACAACAGCAGCAGCAACAACAGCAGCAGCAGCAGCAACAACAGCAGCAGCAACAGCAACAACAACAACAAAUGGCAACUGGCCAUGGCACAGUGGCUGCUGCUGCUGCUGGUGUGGCAGCCACUGCAUCGUCCGUUGCCCUGCCGGUUGUGAAUAGCGUCACAGCGACAGCCAUUGGAUUGCCGAGCAGUACGCUGACACCGGGUGCCAAUCUGACCAUCAGCGAUGCCGGGUUGGUUGUGGAGCAGACGCAGGAGGGUGAAUGGUCGUACGAUCCGAAUGAGCCGCGCUAUUGCACCUGCAACCAGGUGUCUUAUGGCGAUAUGGUUGCCUGCGACAACGAUGCCUGCCCCUACGAAUGGUUCCACUAUCCUUGCGUGGGCAUCACCCAGCCGCCCAAGGGCAAAUGGUAUUGCCCCAAGUGCACCGCUUCCAUGCGGCGACGAGGCAAUCGCAAAAACUGACUUGCAGCUGCCACUGGAUCGGGAGCUGCGACUGGGCCUGCGGCUGGUGCGGGGGCUACAGCUGCAGUGCCAGCUGGGGCAGCAACUGGUUCAGUUUUGAUGAAAUCCUAAUUCGUUAAAAUCCAAAUCGCUAAAGCCUAACAAAAAUAGGACAUUAUUCUUACAAGUAUAUGAUUUUCUGCUCAGUAUAUAUAAGCUUAAGAUGUCUGUAAUAAGAUAAUAAAAUAACUCAUUCGUUUGCGCUAUCA